AGUCAUACCUAGCCACCUAAUAAUUAAAUCUCUCUUUUACCUUGUUUGUGUUCUUCCAAUCAAAUUACACACACACACACACACACACCAAAAUAAAAUAAAAGGAAAAGAAAUGGAAGACCAAUGCAUACCUUUUGCCUUGCCUUUCUUCUUCCAAGAAGAGGGAAUUGAGGAGCUUAAGCAGUCUCUGUUCUACACAACAAUGGAGCUGGAGAACACCAUUGUUUGUGCCCAUGAUGAGAUUUCCAAGAAGGAUCAAGAAAUCUUGCACCUCAAGAAUCUCCUUGCAGAAAUUGUCAAGGAAAGAGAUGAAUUUGUAGAGAAAUUGAGGAUUUUGGGCCUCGAGAAAGCCCUUCUCCAUCAACAGGUAAACAGGCAUUUUCACAAACACCUGGUGGGCGUUGCAGAUGCCAACAGCAACAGUGAAGAUCAGAGAGCACUUUCUUCCUCCGAUUCCGACGACGUGGUUUUCCAGCCUCCGCCGCCGUCCGUCGCUGCGGAUGAGGUGUUGCCCAAAAUGCCCAUGCCGGAAAAUGGGAAAUUCUUGAAAGCGGUGGUGGAAGCUGGGCCGCUACUCCAAACACUUCUUCUGGCCGGACCACUGCCUGAUUGGCAACGCCCGCCGCCUCAGCUCGACAUCCCGCCGGUGACAAUGUCCCCUGCCGUCUCCACACCGCCGCAUCGGAUCCACCAGGAAUCCGUUCUCGGCGCCGGCGAAGCCAAGAAGAGGGCGGCAAAUGGUGCUCGUGACACCUCUUCAUCCCCCUCAAAGUACCAAAGAGUAUUUCCAUCCACCGCCAUUAUCUCUACUAGUUAGUGCUUGGCCAUGAACUUAUUAU